CAGCAACACCGCUGGACCGCUCUCUAAACAGCCGUGACACAGUCCGGGUAAUCGAACUCUUCACUGAUUUUGCAGAUAGAACGUGGAACAGUGCAGCACGGGAACAGCAAGUCAGCAGUCCGUUUGAGCAAGGUUAACGAGAAGGAGAAUCGGGAGAUUAAAUAAAGAGCACUGAAAAAACUGAGGCACAUCAGCUAAUUAAAAGAAGGAUUAAUCCCAGUGCCAUGUGCCAGUGAUGGCAGGAAUAGUAAUAUAGGCCAGAUGAAUGAGUGGCUGAGGAUCGGGUGCAUGUGGCAAAGAUUCGGAUUCUUGCAUCAUUGGAAUCUCUUCUGGAGCAGAGGACACCUGUACAAGAAAGAUGGGUUGCACCUGAACUGGAGGGGGACAAAUAUCCCGGCAGGAAGCAUUGCCAGUGCGACUUGGACAGAGUGCUACAGGUGUGACAGAGUGAGCGAUGGCUGGCGUUCUAUCCAACCUGUACUACAGAGCCCAAGAUGCGAAGGAUCUGGCAGAUGCUUAUCUCCGUGAAGGUGAGAAGGGUCUUCCAAUCGGUUAUCGAGAGAAAAGCCAAGGAGUUCGCCAACGUGCAGCUUCGGAUUUCCGUGAUGGGUGAAUCCGGGUCUGGUAAAUCGACCAUGAUCAACGCUCUGCUCGGGUUGAAUGAGGAUGAAGAAGGAGCUGCCCCAACUGGCUGCGUGGAGACCACCACUGAAAUAACACCCUACUCCCACCCCACCCUCCCUAACGUUCAGUAUCAUGACUUCCCCGGACUGAACACGCCAAAAUUCCCAGUGAAAACGUUCAUGAAAAGGACCAACUUUUCGCAGUAUGAUUUGGGCAUCAUUGUGACGGGAUGUAGGUUCACGGAGAACGACCAAUUACUAGCCAAUGCGCUGAAGAAGGCGGGUAAACCCUUCUACCUGGUGCGCUCCAAGAUCGACGACUCUGUCAGGUCGGAGAGCCACAGGAAGGGUUACAACCAGGAGAAAAUGUUCCAGCGUGUGAGGGAAAACUGCAUCUCCUCACUGAAGGCGGCAGGGAUACAGGACCCUCGCGUUUUCCUCUGUUCCGCCUUUGACCUGGAUGAGUACGACUUCCCCAAGUUAAAGGAGAACGUGGUGUCCAAUCUCUCGGAGACUCUGAAGAAUCUAUUCCUGGUGUCUCUCCCCAAUACAUCCGAAGCUGCGAUAGAGAGUAAACGCGAUGCUCUGCGGUGUUUCAUCCAGAUUUUGGCCAUCGGCUCGGGGUUAUCGGUGCAGUUCCCGUGCCGGGUUUGUCCCUGGCCUGUGACCUGGUCCUCAUUGCCUCAGGUAUCCUGACUAUACGGCAGACCCUGGGUCUGGACGAUAGGUCUCUGGGCAAACUGGCCCAGAGAGUGGGGACAAGUGUGGCGGAGCUGCGAAAAAGUACCGAGCACGACUGGGUGUUUGGGGAGAUCAACCGGGAGCAGGUGAUACUGUUGCUGCAGAGAAGCACUGUGGCGCUGGCGCUGACAGCUGCCGAGCCAUUCCUCGACCUUGUCCCCAUUCUGGGCUCUCUCUAUGGGGCGACAACGUCCUUUGGGGUCACUCUCCAGAUGUUGAACAAUUCACUGAAUCUGAUGGUGGAAACAGCUAAAAUCGUCCUGAGAAAUGCCAAGGCAGCAGCUUCUGCAGCUCCUGGUAAUGGCGCACGUUACCGCGGGCUUUAGACAGGGCAGCCCAUGUUAACCUGACCCCUGGGAUAUUCUUGUUCACUCUUUGUCCUCAGGAAUAUCUCCAGUGCCCCUGUCCCGAGAAAUAUUGUCGUUAACCUCGUGUCCAAGGAUUAUCCUUGUUACUCCCUGUACAAAAGGGCAUUCCUGUUCCCAUACCCUUGGAAGUAUCUCUGUUAACCCCUCCCAAGGAAUAUUCCUGAACCUCUGUUCCAAGCCAUGCCCUUGUUACACCAUCCUGGUAUCUAUUACACUGUCUCAAAGUUUUUUCCAUACCCUGUCCCCAGGUGAAUUCCUGUUACCCCCUCGCCCUGCCGAUGUACGCCUCUUACCCCCGUGUCCGGGAGGUGUUUCCCACAUUUGCUGCCUGACCCACUGAACAGUCCCACCACUUCCAGAUUUAUCUCAGAUUUCCAUCAUCUGCAGCACUUUGCUUCAGAAUGUCUCUCACUUUAAUUUUGAUUGAGUAAUCCUGAUGUAGAUGCUUAAUGCCUUCCUUUCCGACGGAUUGUCACCUGUCUGACAAUCCUUUCCUCUGAACUGCUGUGUAUUUCCAGCGUUUGAUGAUUUCAUUUUUGAUUUCCAACACUUGCAACAUUACGCUUUUGUAGUUUCAAGAUUGUGAUCCUGACGUCCGGAUAAAGUGUUGGAAUGUUGGUCAUUCCCCAUCGAUCUGUGGGAAAUGUUGUCGCUGGGUGCAGUGGGGGUGUGUUCACUCUGAAACACAAUUGGAUGGAGCUGUAAUUUCUCAGCAAUGGCCACCCUCGGGCUGACUGUCUUUCCCCUGACCAGGACUGUCACUGUCUUGAAGAAGGGUCCUGACCCGAAACAUUGACCGCCUGCUUUUCUCCACGGAUGCUGCCUGGGCUGCUGAGUUUCUCCAGCAUCAUCUUGUUUUUCAUCUAGAUUCCAGCAUCUGCAGUCCUUUGUUUCUCUGUCACUGUUUUUCAUGUGGUACAGGGUCACUGGAGGGUGCCGCCAUUAUCUGAAACCCCAGAGUCAGACCAUCUAUAUCCUACUCGUUGUUGGCCACCUCUGUUCCGGUGGAAGCCCGAACCCUGUCCGGUGCAAAAUACGGCAGUUGGUUAACGCUUUCAUCCUGCCCACUGUUCCGUGCCUGCUACCACAGUGCAUCAGCACUGAUCGAAGCUGAGGUACAGUAGGGUGCCCUGGUGUUUUAUUGGUGCCCAGAAUUGUUCAGGAGAAAGAAGCAACUGCGGGAAAUGCACAGUUUAAUGUUCAUCACAAUUGUUAUCAAAACAAGCUUUAGUUGGAACUGGACAUGUUGGAUGGAGCCCAGUUCAGGGCAGUUGGGCUGAAUGUCCUCUCCUGAUGUGUGCGAAUAUCCCAGCACUACGGUAGUUCUAUGUUCCACUGCUGUGUGCAUUCUUUCAUUCAUUUCCAGCAUGUGCACCAUUGCCAGUGCCAGAAUUUAUUGCCUUAGACUGUUCGCUCCUCCGUUCAGAGUGCAGAAGAUCAAAAGAUUCCUUCCUAACUGGCGGCCAGAUGGGUUUUGCUGACAACCAAGAACAUCCAUGGUCACCCACACUGAUCUGCCUUCAAUUACAAUGCAUUCCGUUCACUGAAUUUAAAUUCCUCAGCCCCACUGCGAUUUGAAUUCAUCCUCCUGAAUUAUUUCGUCCAUCUCUCGAUCCAGUAUCCAAAUCUGGAGGUCACCGUGCACAUCACUUUUCAUCACAGCCUAAUUUAAUGUGUUUUUUUUCUGUUAGAUUUUGAUGCACAUUUGAAUCAAGAUUAAAUUUCAGACAAAAGCCAACAUCUACCUCUCUGUCCAUUCUGCUUAUUUGUGAAUAAGGAAGAAUUCUUUUAACCUGCAGGGAUCCACCUCUCCAGUGUAACGAGACAACUCUGAUCAUAAGUUUUGCUUAGGAGGCAAGAGUCAGGUCAACAACACAGAGGCUUUAAUGCAGAGGAUACAGGGAGAAUGGAGGCAAGUAACACAUUACAUCGUCAUCGACUGAAUUGGAGUUGGUUGCUCUAAAUACUCUCGUUACCAUACAGGGCCUAUCAUUAUAUGGUGAGAUACCUCAUUCUGCUCGAUAGCCCUGUGCACUGAAUUCACACUCCUGCUGGGGAACGUUGGUGUCAGGAGUAACAGAAGAGCUCUUUUGAAGGACUGUGUCCUCAGCAUGAGUGAUUAAGCUCAUCCUAACAGAUCCAUUGGCCGUGGAUGGUUCUGUCCUUGACCGUGUUGGUAUCUGACACAUCCGGAGACUGAACCCUGAGCCUCCAUGAGAAAGCAGCAGCAGAACUGGUUCCCUCCAGAAUCUGUAACCUCACCGCCCGGUGUCUCCCUCACUGACCAUCACCGUCAGGUCAAGUGAUCAACACUGGGUCAGUGAGGUGUAUUUGUCAGGUUCACAACAGCCAUACACAUACAUGAAGCAUCAUCCUCACAAAGAUGCAAGACAGGAUUACAUGUGCACUAACCAAUGGUAACAUGCAACCGACAGAGCAAGGACAAAUCAUAUGAGAGCUAUUCAGUCCUGACACACCUGGUCGUCAAUGGGGGUGGAGCAAGGGUAGCACCAUGGAUCUAGGGACAACACUCCAGUGGGUCUCAGGGCAGUGUCCUCAGUACAACCAACAUCAACUGUUUCAGCAAUGACUUUCCUUCCAUCAGAAAGUCAGAAGUGGGGAUGUUGGCUGACACUCCUCAGAAAAUGAAGCAGGCAAUGCCUGCAGGGGACGAGCCCUUGUCAACAUCCAGCCAUGCGCUGCAUGAGGACACAAGAACCAGAAGGAGGAUUCAGUUGUGGUGAUGUCUCGAACUGUUACAGGUCAGUCGUUAGACACUGGCUUACUGGGAAAUGGACAUUUCCUGGCACUAUUGUGUGUUACGAACCAGCAACAAACGAAACACACUGAGUCAUGAUUCAGUGUUAAAAACUAUUUUAUUAAUCACUACUUAUGAUAAUACGAAAAAUAAAAGUAAAAAUGUUGGUAUGUUAGAAUUAAAAAAUGUUAAACCUUGAAUAUUAACCCCAAAACUAAACUCUUCGUGUGUGUGUGUGGCAAAGUCCCAAACUCCAAGUGCAGGAAUAUUUCUUAAAGUUCAGUUCCGCAAGCCACAAGGUGAUACAUGAGCAAAGACUUCUUCAACAACCACUGUUGUCUGAAGAUAAGACGUAGAUGUAGAGAACAUAGGGAGAGCAAUUACGAAAUCCAAAUGUUCCACGAUGGAACACAAACGACACUCCAGUGUUUACUCGGUAGUGACUUCCUCACCCCGAAAACCAUCCGAAUCGUGGUCGUCCACACACAAAUACCUGUUUCCUUCUACAGGUCAGCAACAAAGUGAACUCCACCGGAUUACUUCCAACUUCCAUACAUGGAUUUCAGUGGCAGACAGUUAUUGUUUUUCAUCCAUUGAUAGAGAAAAACUAGCAGGUUGGUGUCUCUCUCCCUUCUCUCUCUCUUCUUCUGCUUCUUCAACAACAU